GCAGAGGAGUAAGUGACACCUUAGUCCAAGGAGUGACCUCAGUCUCCUCAAAGGCUGGGCCGCUAUCAUUGUCUCUGAUCCAAUACCUCCUUCCUCCACCUUCUGGACCUGAGUGCCAUUUGAAGUUUCAGUCCCCUUGGUAGCCACCUUUCCCUCCUUUGGCCAUCCUGAUUCUACCAUCUCACCCCAUCUUAUGGCUACAAGGAUGCUGACAAAUUGUGGGGAGAGUAGUGAUGUGCUUUAAGAGCCAGGCACAGUCUUACCCCAGACUCUGGCCUCCCGAAUCCCCAGGCUUUUAAAAUCCCUUGCUUGGGAAAGGAAUCGUGUGGAACACAUUGUGUAGGAAUGAGGCAGCAAAAAGAGUCGCCAUAGAACCGUUUUUGACCCUUUUUGGCCUCACCUCUCCCAUCCAGUUCUUAGAUGGGUUUUGGGCUCCAGGGUCAUCGCCGCGUUAAGAGAGGCCCCACCCAUGCAGAGGGGGUGGAGCAUAGGCGGAGUCGGAGGAUCCUGGGACGGAACAAAGCACGACCUGCGGGCGGCGGCUGGGCUCUCCGGAGGCCGAGCCACACGGAGCUAGUCCUCUGGGUAGCAGUCCGCCGAAGACGUAGGAGGGGUGCAGGCGGCAUCGCGGUCCGUGCUGGCCUGGCUAUGAACGGGCUGCCCUCAACUGAGGCGCCGGGUGGCGCGGGCUGCGCUCUGGCCGGGCUCCCGCCGCUACCGCGCGGCCUCAGCGGCCUCCUUAACGCUAGUGGGGGCUCGUGGAGGGAGCUGGAGCGUGUCUACAGCCAACGGAGCCGCAUCCACGACGAACUGAGUCGUGCCGCCCGCGCUCCGGAUGGUCCUCGCCACGCCGCGGGAUCUGCCAACUCAAGCUCUGCAGCGGGCCCGCGCCGCCCGGUUAACCUCGACUCUGCACUAGCCGCGCUGCGCAAGGAGAUGGUGGGGCUACGACAGCUGGAUAUGUCCCUGCUGUGCCAGCUGUGGGGCCUGUAUGAGUCGAUCCAGGACUACAAACAUCUGUGCCAAGACCUGAGCUUGUGCCAGGACCUGUCAUCCUCUCUGCACUCGGACAGCUCCUACCCACCUGAUGCCGGCCUGUCUGAUGAUGAUGAGCCUCCUGAUGCCAGCCUGCCCCCAGACCCUCCACCCCUCACCGUGCCCCAGACUCACAAUGCCCGUGACCAGUGGUUGCAGGAUGCCUUCCAAAUCAGCCUUUGAAAAGCUGAGAUGGAUAGGAACGCACCCAUACAAAAGGCUCAAAACUUGCCCUUCAGCAAGUCCUUAGUCGACAGUGCCUGCUCUUUUACCGGUACCACCUCACCUCACUUCAGGAGGGCAAGGCAGUAUACCCAUCAGGCAAAGCGGUCAAGAUUGCAGCCUCUGCCCAUGUACUGGGCUUCCACUUCUCCCACGUGUGCACCCUAGCUUGGCCAGCCCUUAGUUUGACUGUGGGGCCCAAAGCGUCUUGCACUCCCGUUCGCAUCUCUGGGACUGGGAUGAGUGCCUAGCUUCCAUCUCUUUCGUCUUUUGCUGCCUCUUGCAGCUGCUGGCUCAGGGGCAUCCCUACCUGUGGCCCCAGGGUUUCACUGCCUGGGACAAGGGCUCCAGAACCCACCUCUGUAGCCACCCACGAUCAGAAGGCUAAGGUCUUUAUGCUGGAUAUUUAAGUUUAGCGGCCAGUUCCUGGGCGGGAAAAUAAAUAAACAAUUUCAGCAUUGUUU